CCCCCCCCCCUGUUACAAGACUCCUCUCGAACUCAUAACACAAAAAAAACCACGUUAGAAGACCCCUUCUUUUAUCGAUUUUUUCAUCUAAAAUAUGUUGAUUUUGAGGUUCAAUCAAACACUAAUUUUUGCGUUCGCCUUUUCCCUCAGCUGUUCCCAGGUCGUAUUCACCAGAUCGGAUCCUGCCGGAUCCUUUUAAUUCCGACGAUUUCAUGAGAUCGGACGCCCGACCGGAUCCGGAGAUCGGAAUCUGCUCAAUUCCUUCGCGUUCUGACAUUUUUUUUGGAGGAUCCGGAACCAGGCGGAUCCGUUAAUUUCCAGUGACCGGAAAUCGACGGAUCGUGUGAUGUGCACUUUAUUUUUUUUUUCUUUCCAGUGCGGAUAAUAUAUUCACGGUUUUGUUUCAAGACAGGAGCACUUUAAAUACGACACUGCAGAAAAUAAAAAAUGAGAAGUUGUUCUUCUCAAAUGCUUAACAAUGUGAGUCAUCGCUCACACUGUUCAACGGACGUGUUAUACACGUCCUAGCUAGCGGGCUCCUCCACUCUCUCGAAUGAACAGAGAGAAGAACCACUAGAAAAUGAAAGAAAACAUUUAAGACUAUUUUUAACCUUAAAACUGGUCACAUUCUGCCAAAUCGAGCGAAAUCCGAUUCAUCGAUCGGAAAGUCCCAAAAGAUGUCGGAUCCGGUCGGAUCUUUUCCAACACCUUCCGGCACGAAUGCCGAGCAACGGAUUUUCGGCAUGAUCCGGUAUGGUUGCUGUCGAAUUUUACCGAAUUCCACCAACUUCCGGCAUGUUCCGAUGUUGGAUCCGGUAGGAUCCUGACGCCAGAAUGGACGACCUGGGUUAGAGUGAAUAUACAGCUACUAGACAAAAAGAAGUGUGUGCGUACACAGCUUUGUACAUAGUGGACACUCUCGAUCAAGCGAUUCCAGCUUAAAAUCGGCUUUUUUUAGGAACGCUUUAGAAGACCCCCUUCAAAGUUAUGAGCGCUAGGACGCGAUAUAAGACCCGGAUCCUCUAUUGUGUCCAUCCGUUUAUUAUAAUGACAUCAGGUCUAUAUCUCAAUAAUUCUGUACAGUUUUUAAAGUCUAGGCGCAUAUGAAAUAAAGUAUUUGCUUAUUUUUCUAUCCACUAUCACUAACUACCUUUUUUUUAUAAGGAAUGGGUUGUCAGGGAUUGUUAUGGAACGUAGGUGACUAUUAUCGAGACCGAGAUAUCCACAAUGUUUUUUAUCUUCAAAAUUCUGCUUUACAAUUUUUACAAGGAAUGUAUGUAUUAAAGAUAACGGAUAGCCAUAAUGAGCUCGAAUUUCAGCAAAUUAAUAUUCACCCCAAUAAUCCAAUAAAAUUGUUGGUUGUCCAGGUACUUUAAUACCUUUUUCACCGUAACUGAAUUUUGCAUUUUCACCAACCCUUAUUGAAUGAUUUUUUAAACCGGCUCUAAAUGCACUGAUCCUAUAAUACACAUAAAAUAUAUCUCAAUCUAGGGGAUUAGUUGCUUUCACAUAGAUAUAACAAAAAGUCCGUCAAAAUUUAAGACUCUGCAGUUACUGAAGUUAUCUUGUAGAGGCAUGCAUGAUUUUUUAUCCAGAAUGGUUUUCUCGUCUGUAAUAAUGACCAACAAACGCUUUACAACCACUUUUUUCUGCACUAGGCUUGUUUCGCUCUGUUGUUGAAUUAAUUUAUUUUCGUAUCCUUGACCCAAAAAGACUGAGUGCAGUUUUUGCUUUUUUAUUUUUCAGUUCUACUAAUACAGAAAAAAUCAUUAAUUCAAAAGAAAUGUGUAGAGAUAGAGAUACAUGUAUUAAAGUGUCUAUUACAUCAAAAAAUUUCUUUACUAUAAACUAAACAUAUUCGUCUCAUUUCAUAAAGAGCAUGACCUGUUCUUUGUUUUCUACAGUAAUUUUAUAUAUCAGACGGAAGAGUAGAAAAACAGAUCAUAGUAUCACUGUUCGAAAGUGCUAAACUGUCCGUAUAACCUUCCGUUUUCUUUCGUUUUUCAUCCUUCGUCCGACAGAUAUAUAAUCCAAUGAUACGUCACGAUUAAUACAUGAGAAAAUAAUCGAAAUGCAGAAACAAAUGUCUUUUUUUACAGAAGAGUGCGCUUCUUACUUAAAAACCAUUUUUCACAUCUAUAAAAACUCUCUCUAUUUAGAACAACUCUUUUAAGAAAGGAAAAAUCGAACAUUUCACCGACUAUUCCGGAAACGACUCUUCCUUGAAUGUGCGAAAAAACAUUCAACGCGAAAAAGUGUCAGCGAACGAGUGUCAGCGAAAAAAACUUAAAACGCUUUUGACUCGACUAUAUGUCUGAAACCAGUUAAUCAAACAAAUUAGUUUUAUCUAUCGGUCUGCAGGUCGUAGGAAACUAUCUUGUGGACUCACUCUUGUGCCUUGUCUCCGUAGCUUUUCAAAGUUCGAAGUUCUUCUAGGUGAAGGUUAACGGAAGAGAUGAUUGCGGAAAAGGUUGAUGAAAUGUCCGUGUCAAAAAUUCGACUAAUUGCGUCAAGUGGAAGGUUUUAUAUUUUAUUUUCUUGCCUAUAAAAUACACUAUGUUGUCUAAAAGGAGUUUUCUCCAUAAUUAAGUUACUAACGAAUUUGAAAGACUCCAUAUAGUUCGAGUUGAAGGUCGAGUGAGUUUUAAGUUGACUUUAACUUUGUAGUGUGUUUGUUCUUGCUGCUUUAAAAGUUUGUCCAAGUUUUCGAGAAAAUGAUACCGAUUCAUUCACAUAUUCAAGAUGAAUUUCGCUUCCUCUAAUGGGCUUAAUCUGUUCACCCGUUUUUUCAUCUUUAUGUUUAAUUUCAAUAUCUUUAUCAACUCUUUUAACUUUAAACAAAUUUCCCGGUAGUAUUAAAAUUUCUUUUUCUUGCGGAUACUUUGAUAUGUCGUCUACUCCAAAUAUGGUUUUUGAUCGUUUUUUAAUAUCGAAAAUAUACAAUACAGGUUUUCUGUCUGUCGGUUUAUUCUUCUCAUGUUGUUUGUCUAAUUUAUCUUGUAUAAAUUUAAGUGUUACAUUAAUACUCAUUGUUAUUGAUGUAAAAGAUUUCCAGUUAUUAGAUCCAGUGGUAUUCGCUUAUAACACUGGCAUUCAUUCGUCCACGAAGUUCUCACCAUAUGAGCUACAAUUUGGGAGAAAACCGUGUUUGCCAACCGAUCCACCGCCAAUACAAUUAAAUUUACCAAAUCUAUCCGAUUACUAUGCUCAGUUGAAUAAAUCCCUUAAAUUAUAUCAAUUAUAUUCAAGUGAAAAUAUGAUCAAACAACAAAAUCUUUCUGCUAUAAGAUACAAUAAAAAUAGAAAAGAUAAACAUUAUAAUAUAGGGGAUUAUGUUUUAACAAGGAUCCAAGGGAAUCGUUUGAAAUUGGAUCCACGAUUUCAUCCUACUCCAAUGAUUAUAAUUAAAGCAAAACAUCCAACAUAUAUUGUAAAAGAUCCAGAAACAAAUCAAACAUGA